AUGUUAACAACCGAGGCUCCAGAACAAUUACAGUUCCUACAGUUGCAGCAACAGCAACAACAAACUCAUCCAGCACCUCAAAUGUUUGAUGCUUUUCAUCAGUCACCUCACGGUGAAUUUAAGCCAACUUUCUACAAUCCAUUUGAGGUAAAGCAUAGACGUCGUACCUCUCGUCAACAAUUAAAAGUGCUCGAGAAAGCUUUUAAUGAAAAUCCAAAACCCCAUGCAGCUGUUCGUCAAGCUCUAGCUCAAAAAUUAAGUAUGACUCCACGUGGCGUACAAGUUUGGUUUCAAAACAGGCAUAGCAAUGAUGCAUUAUCUACUAUUUCUAGUCCAAAUGCUGAUGAUUCCUUGGAAAAUUAUUAUUGUGGAACCGCUAAUUCAACAACUAAAUCUCGCCCUAAGCCAAAUAUUGAUCCUUUGAAAACUAGUUGGCAAACUCAAGAAGAAUAUGAUUUGAUGGUUCAACGUCGCCAAUUCGAACAAUUUGGUCCAAAAUAUAAUACAAAUAAUCAUAAUAAUGACUGGAUGCAUUCAAAUCUUUCAUCCGCUACAACCGUUGGUUCUGAUUACAUUUACGACCAUAUUAUUCCACUUUCUACUCCUGCAUCGGCAGUCACUAUCUCUGAUUGUUUCACUGAAUAUACUUAUAGUCCUGUUAGUUCUGUGAUUAGUGAUAAUAAGGAUGGUAAUGGUAGCAUCGCAUCGUCAAGUGAUUCGUUGAAUCCUACAGCUUAUGCACGCCGCAAUUCGUGUCCUGAAUUGAUGGCCUCUAUUCUGAAUUUGAAACUUGGUGGACCUCCUGACGAAAAACGAUCUUUAUCUACAAUCAUUGAAGAUGAAGCCUUGUCCAAUGAUCCUUCUAUGCAUCAAUUCUUAGCUGUUCCUACUCAGUUCAAAAGACGUUUCUCCGAACCAAUUAAUAGGUAUAAUUUUAGUAGCAGUUUUUCUGGUUUUAAUACAGAAGUCAAUUCUGAUUUAAUAACUGAAAUAUCUAAUCUUAAUAAUAAUACCGUUACUCUUAAUGCUAAUAAUGAUAGUCUAACAACUAAUACUACUGACACCACAAACGCUGCCAAUAUAAACAACACACCCGCCACCACAAUACCACAAAAUCACGCAUCAUUUCCAUUCAACUUACACACAAUCUUAACAACCAAUCAACAAAACGAUCAUCAUCCAUUACUUCGUAAUAACAAUGUCUGGCCUUCUGCUACCAGCACUGCUAAUCAUCAUCAUCAUAAUUUAAAAGAACGUCAAAUGUGGAAUUUUCAAUUAGAUUUCAAACAACAAACAAAAUUGCCAAUUAACUCCACCAUGGGUUUAAAGAAUGCCAAUGCUACAUCUAUUAACGUCACUCAUUGGAAUACUUUACCAUCAUCAAACGUUGACAACUCCACAAUCAAUUCAAAUAUGACUAUUCCUAUUACUGAUGACAUGAGUUUUAUGCAUCAUUACUAUGAAACUUCAAAUGAUCAAGUCUAUAUAGAUGAUACAAUAAUCUUACCAGAAACAUUUAAUGAGAGCUAUGAAGGCGAAUCGUUAGAUUUUUUGGUGGUUGGUGAUUGGGGUUCAGCUGGUAAAAAAGAUAAAAAUAGUAAAAACACUACACAAAUCAAUGUUGCAAAGUCAAUGGAGCAUUUUGCAACUAUGCACGACAGUAAAUUUAUUGUGAACGUAGGUGAUAAUUUUUACAAAAGGUUUAAAAAUGAUUAUCAAGGAAUAAAUAGUGUAGAUGAUCCUAAAUGGGAAGAUAUUUGGCUAAAUGUAUAUAAUGGACCUAAAUUAUCAAAGCUUACUUGGUACAGUGUUGCUGGAAACCAUGAUUGGUAUUCAAAUAUAACAGCUCAGGUAGAUUAUAGUUUAAACAAAAAUUCCAGAUUUUUUCUUCCGUCAUUAUUUUAUGUGCGUCGAUCAGUAUUUGGUAAAGAACCUUUUAAAAAGACCGAAACAGCAUGGAUUCACAUAGAUACAAAUGUUUUUGCAUAUGACGUGAAUGAAAUUGUUGAAGAAAAAAUGCAAGGCUUGAAAACCAAUUUGCUUGCUUUUGGGUGGCAUAAAAAAAAAAUUAUUGAAAAAAAAUUUAAAUGGAUUGAAGAUCGAUUAAUCGAAAAUCAAGACGCAAAAUGGAUCUUUGUUGUUGGGCAUCAUUCACUUAUCGGAUCAUGUUCAUCGCAAAAAAAUUUGCCAAGACUAUUAAAAUUACUUGAACAUUAUAGAGUAAGUGCAUAUUUUUCAGGGCAUAACCACGUACUACAAUACAAAUCACCUGACGAAACGUCGCCCUUUGCAAAAUUUGUUUCUGGUGCUGGAUCAAAAUUUGGUUAUGGGUGCGACGAGAGUGAUUGGAUGGCGAUGAGAGGAACUGUCGGAUUUUUACACGUUAAAGUUACAAAUAAUGAUUUACAAUUUGAAUUUAUAGAUUCUACUAAUGCUACUAGAAUUAAAAAAAAAAAUAUUGGUAAAAUCGCGUAUUCUGGCAAAUUAGUGCCUUUUUAA